AUGCCCAAAACUGAUCUCGGUGAUGUUUGUGGACGCCAUUUGUCUUCGCGUCUAUCAAGACAAACAGAUUCAUCAUUAUCAAAUGAUCAACAAUCAAUAAAACAUUUUAUAAAUAACGAACAUAUUACUAUUGAACAUAAGCAACAUACAAUAUUAACACAAAAACUUUUUUUUAAAUCAUAUAUUAAAAAUCCAUUAGAUAAAUUACGUCAACAAUAUACAAUUAUUCAAAGUAAUAAAAGUGAAAAGAAUAUAAAUAACAUAAUUAUGCCGGCUAAUAAUGAUGUUUUAUUAACUGCAUUCAAUAAUAAUACAACAAAUGGUACAAAUGGUACAAAUUCAAAUCAUCAAUAUCGUUCAACAUAUAUUUCAUGUAGUAAUGGAAAUACAAAUGGAAAUGGAAAUACAAAUGGAAAUGGAAAUCAUUCAACAUCUCCACCCUCUCAAUCAUCCAUAUCGUCUACUUCUUCUUCUUCUUCUUCUUCGUCAUCAUCGUCAUCAUCAUCAGAUAGUACUCCAUCGUUAAUGAUGAAUUGGGAAUUAUUAAAAGAUCGUGGUUCUGGUUUAGUUAAUCUUGGUAAUACAUGUUUUAUAAAUGCAUCAUUACAAUGUUUAGCAAAUACUCCUCCACUUGUCCAAUGGAUUUUAUGUAAUUCUCAUUAUCAAUGUUGUCGUGUUAAAUUAGAAAAACAAUUUUGUUUAUUUUGUGAAGCUGAACGUAUUGUUAAAUUAAUGCAUUCAAAAAGUUCUAAUUCAUCAUUUUCAUCUACUGUUGGUGCUGCUAAUCCAAAUAAUAUUGUUCGUCGUAUUAAAGAUAUAUCAACAACAUUUAAAAUUGGUCGUCAAGAAGAUGCUAGUGAAUUUCUUAUAUGUUUAAUUGAUAAAAUUGUUGAUGCAUGUCUACGUUCAUCUCAACCACCUGAACGUUUACGUCCAUCAUCUGGUACAUCAUAUGAACAAUUAUGUCAUUCCCAAACAAUAUUCCAUGAUCUAUUUGGUCUUGUUUUACGUUCACGUGUUGUAUGUUCACGUUGUCGUCAUACCUCAGAUACAUUUGAAGUACAAUAUACAUGGAUUGUUGGUGUACGUAAUCAUACUGAUUUACGACAAUCAUUACAACAAUUCGUUUGUCAUGAAACAUUAUCAGGUGAAAAUCUAUAUCGUUGUAUUAAAUGUAAACAAUUAGUACAAGCUAUUAAACGAUAUACAUUACAUAAAGCACCAAAAAUUCUAUUAAUUAAUUUAAAACGUUUUGAAUUUGGAAAAAAUUCACAUAAAUUAUCACAUCUUGUUCGUUAUCCUGAAUAUUUAAAUGUGACUUCAUAUAUGAGUGAAGAAAGUUCUAAUGACGAAUCAUUAAAUUAUCGUUUAUAUGCUGUAUUAGUUCAUGUUGGUGCAUCAAUGCAUUCAGGACAUUAUUUUUCAUAUGUACGUUCACCAAAUAAUCGUUGGUAUAAAGCAGAUGAUACUUCAAUGACACAAUGUGAUUUAAAUCAAGUUUUAACUCAACAUGGUGCAUAUAUUUUAUGUUAUAUUAAAGAAACUCCAACAUCAACUAAUGGAACAAAUGGUUCAUCAUCAACGUCAACAACUACAACAACAGCAGCAGCAGCAAGUGCAUCACCAUCAUCAACAACAACCAGUAAACUUGUUUAUCAAAAUGGAAAAUUAAACAACAGUGAACAACAAACAACAACAAAUGCAACUUUUUUUACACCACGUCAAAUACCAGUUCAAAAUCUUUCCAAGCAAACCAACGGACAAAAUGGAAAUAUGAAAACAGUAUCUUCAUCUUUGACAAAACCUACUAUUGUAACAUCUAAUACAGAAGCAACCAAUGGUAGUAACGGUUUGUCAACAGAAAAACGAGCACCAAUUGUUAUGCGCAUUCCAAAACUUAAUUUCCUACCGACUAAGUCGGUUUCACUGCAAGAUAAAUCAAUAGCAAAUACAAAUUUAACAACAUUAUCUGCUUCCAAACUUGUUAAUAAAUCAAAUACAAACUCUCUUAUUUUAUCAACGACAAAGAAUAGUAAUUAUACAAUAUCUCCAACAACGUCAUUAUCAACUGUACAGUCGACUUCGUCACCAUUAAAACUAAUAAUAAAAGCAUCUGGUCCAUCAUCAACACUUAAUGGACUUAUGUCUAUUUCAAAAUCAUAUGAUCAUGAUGACGAUGAUGAUGACGACGAUGAUUACGAUGAAAAUAAUGGUGAUUCAUCUGAACUUCAACAACCAGCAAUGAAAAAACAACGAAUUGAAGAGUCUCAGAUAUCACCGUCAAUACCACCAGUUGCUCCUCUUCAAUCUUCUGAUCUUAAUCCUGUUCCAGUUCCUAGUUCUAACUCUAACUCCAUUUCUUCACAUAGAAAAUCAAUUGAUGAACAAUCUGUUACUUCAUCAUCAUCAUCAUCGCGAACAAAACAUAAAAAGAAGAAGAAAAAAAAGAAAUCUCAUAAACAUCAUCAUCGUCACUAUCGUCAUCAUAAAAAUCAUCAUCAUCACAAACGAUCUCGACGAGAUAGUAGUCGAAGUCGAAGUCGGAGUCGAAGUCGGUCGCGUUCACCUAUCUCGUCAUCAUCAUCACAUUAUAAUUCAUCAUUAAUAACUGAUGAUCAAUAUCGACGACAUCGGAAAAGUAAGAAACAUCGUCGUCAUAAACGAUAUAGUUCACCAUCAGCGUCGCCAUCAUCACGCGAACCUUUGUGA